GCCGAAAAUGACAACCAGUGCUGUGGAGGUUUGAGUGGUGACUUCCCUCUGCCGCUCAGGGCUGAGAGUGCAUUCAGCUCCUUUCCUUCGUCUCCCCCUCCGUUUCAUCUUCUUGCGUUUUUCUACAGCACGAUACAUUUCAACAUCUCCUGACUGGAUGAAUGACUUUUUUUUCAGUGACUUGCCAAGAAAUCGAGGUGGGGGAGAACUCUGUCGGAUUUAACUUGGAUUUAACCGAGGAGCUGUGAACACACUUCCUGUGUUUGACAGAAGGCGGAGGGGAUGGGGGACAAGCUUUCAGACUUAAGUUAAACGUCUCGUCUCUCAUUUACGUUUACUUAUUAUAUGGGGUCCAAUCACUUUCUCUCUCUCGCAUUGACCAGUAUCUGCUGAGUGGCAGGAAUCCAGAGGCAGGAGGAGGAACCGCACUGGGCGUUUGGCCGGCGAUGUGUGAUAUGAUUUCAGACCAAUCGGCUGAGAAAAUCAGCAGAAUGAAAAAGUUGAGGAGAACUUUAUCCGAGAGUUUCAGCCGCUUGGCCUUGAAGAAGGAGGACAAUAGCUUCGAUGAGAUAUGCGUCGCAAAGAUGUCUACAAGGAAUUCUCAGGCUGUGGAUUCAGUUAUCAAACCAUUGGAUACCAUUCCUGAAGAUCGAAAAGUCAGAGUACAAAGGACUCAGAGCAGUUUUGAUCCAUUUGACAAGCCAACAAGUCAAGUGAAAAGGGUCCAUUCUGAGAACAAUGCGUGCAUUAACUUCAAGAGCUCCUCCAGCGGUAAAGAGUCUCCAAAGUUGAGACGACAUUCCAGCCCCAGUUCACCAACAAGCCCCAAAUUUGGAAAAGCUGACUCCUACGAAAAAUUGGAAAAACUCGGUGAAGGGUCCUAUGCAACGGUAUAUAAAGGAAAGAGCAAGGUGAAUGGGAAAUUGGUAGCUCUGAAGGUUAUCAGACUGCAGGAGGAGGAAGGAACCCCUUUCACAGCAAUCAGAGAAGCUUCCUUGUUGAAAGGUUUGAAACAUGCGAACAUAGUCCUGCUUCAUGACAUCAUUCAUACAAAGGAAACCCUGACUCUUGUGUUUGAAUAUGUGCAUACAGAUUUAUGUCAGUACAUGGAUAAACAUCCAGGAGGACUACAUCCAGAAAAUGUGAAGCUCUUUUUGUUUCAGCUGCUGCGGGGUCUCUCCUAUAUUCAUCAGCGAUACAUCUUGCACCGAGACUUAAAGCCUCAGAAUUUGCUCAUCAGUGAUACCGGAGAGUUGAAGCUAGCAGAUUUUGGACUUGCCCGAGCCAAGUCAGUACCCAGCCACACAUACUCCAAUGAGGUAGUUACCCUAUGGUACAGACCUCCAGAUGUCCUCUUGGGUUCUACAGAAUAUUCCACUUGCCUUGACAUGUGGGGUGUGGGUUGCAUUUUUGUCGAAAUGAUUCAAGGAGUUGCUGCCUUCCCUGGAAUGAAAGAUAUUCAGGAUCAAUUGGAGCGAAUAUUUUUGGUUUUGGGAACUCCAACGGAGGAAACCUGGCCUGGAGUUAGCUCUUUGCCGUACUUAAAAACAGAUCGCUUCACACAGUACAGUUCUAAAAAACUUAGACAAGCAUGGAAUAAACUAGAUUAUGUGGCCCAUGCUGAAGAUCUUGCCUCCAAACUUCUACAGUGCUUCCCAAAGAAAAGACUGUCAGCUUUAUCAGCACUGAAUCAUGAGUACUUCAGUGAUCUUCCCCCACGGCUGUGGGAGCUCUCAGACAUGUCUUCUGUUUUUGUCGUGCCCACUGUGAAACUACAGCCUGAAGUAGAUGACAGUUCAAAGGUUUUUGGGAGAAGCAACAGUCAUGGUAAAGGCUUUUUGAACCACAAACAUUGAGGAGUUCUUAAUCCUGGUACCAAUACAAAGGUAACUUCAUCGCCAGUUCCAAAGAGCAGCUAAAGAAACAGAAAAGCAAAGGAACUCAAGCACCUAUUCUCUUGUUGAUAGUCAUGUUAGCGAAUGGCUGCUGUUGUUAAGACAAUUCUUGCCAUUUGCAUUGUGUGGGUUUAUUUGUGCUUGUGCUCUGAAUUUGACAUCUUGAAUGCUAAACCAUGACAUGCAAGAACCACCUCUUUUUUAAUAGUUUGUUUAGAGAUUCACUUUGCUGAUAAAUGAUCUGUGCUGCUUUACAGGGUCUUGUCUGUCAGUCUUUUGAUUUUCUGUGGUAGCGUAGCAUUCUUGUACAGCUCAUUCAGAUUUCACUGGCAACAUUGAAAUUCUGAAAAAUUUAUUUGAAACUAUCUUGAGCAUGCCAGGAAACCCUAUGAUGCCAGCAUUACAAAGCAAUCAACAGUGGCAUGAAAGACAUUGCAUAUGUUUUACAAAAAUCAGCAUACCUUUGUAUACAAUUGAAAUGAAAUAGCUAGUGAAGCACUGUUAACAUUUGUGACAGUGCUCCAGCUGGGAUCUUGCAAGGAACAUAGAUAAGUCCACAGAUGAUGGGGUGAACUGCAGCAUUUAAAAUGGUUUGCACUAUCACGAGGAUCACUGGCUUAGCUUUUUUGAAGAAUAUAAAAACCAUGUAUAUAAUGGGACCUCUUUAGCCCCUACGAAGUCUCGAGUUAGAUUUAUACCCAAUUCUUUGUUGUUACAGAUCCUGGAUAAGCAUUAUUACUUGAAAGUCUGUUCUUGCUAUAAACUCCAUAAGGAGGGAACUAAUUUAAAAAGCAGAGCUAAAAUCUCUAAGCAGGAACCAUGGGAUUCUUCAAAUACCAUAGGUGGCCUUUUAACCUUAUGGCCUCAAUCCACCCAUUUUUUCCUGUAUUGGUUAGAGCACAGACCAAGUUCUAUCAUUAAGACAAAUACCUGAUUUUAUCUCAGCCUAAAUGCUGUGGGAUGAUUUCUUCUGAUUUUCUAUUUGGAGUAAAAUUGCACCCACUAUUCACAUCAAUAAAUAUCUUCCCUCAUAUCUUCCCAGUUUUUUUAGUCAUAUUCUUGAUAAUUUCCCUUGCCCCCCUCCAUGGAAACAGAUUAUUAUUAUCAUUCACAGACUAUAGAUUACUCCUGCCUUUAGAUAAAAAUCAUGUUUUUCUUGAUUGAUGAGAUUGUAUUUUUCACUUAAGAUUAAAUAUAGUUACUUUUCCGACAUUAGUAAUGCAUUAAUUUCUCUAUAUUUUUCCAACAUUGCUAUUUCCCUAUUGCAUUAGCCCUCAGUGAAACACACCAUAAUAUUAAGAAAGCUUUCAUGUGCAUUGAAAAUUCAAGUGUGUAAUUUCAGCUGAGUAUAGAAUAUGCUUUAAACAUAUAUAACCUUCAAUCAGAAGGAAGGGGUAUAAAUAUACCUAUGGAUUAUAAAUCAUUUUAAAGUAUACUGCUACAAAUGAUUUGGAUCAUUUAAUUCAGAAAAUGUAUGCUGGUAAAUGGGAUGGAUUGAAAUUGAAGAUUAAAGAUUGCAAAUGGGAACAAUAUUUGCUUAAUAUUGUCAUUUAUUAUUAAAAUAAAAAUAUUGUAAAACAUUCCCUUUUUUUCCCAAGUAAUAUCUAGUUCCACAGCAGACACAUGUUACUUACAGUUUUGAGAUUUAUGAAUCAGUCCUUCUUCUGUGCUCUGUCCAACAUUAUAUUCACUAGUCCCCUAAUAAGAACAAUCAUUGAAUCUUAAAUUACCACCAACCAAUAAACAAAUGGAACAUAUGUUAGCACUGAAUGUUAUCAGUGAUAACUUUCAAAAUUGUAAGUGUGAUUUUGACUGUUAUUCAAUCAAUCAAGAACAAUUGAUCAUACAAUUUGCCUUUUAUGUAUUUGUUAAACUAAGGGUAAUUAAAAAAAAUCGAUUAAAGACAAAUUGGGACAAAACCAUUAUCGUGGGAGUUAGUGUUUUUUUUAAAGCAGUUUUUGAACUUUGAUUAUAGCAUCAAAUUGCAUGGAAGAGUUUCACCUCAAAAAAUGCUUUCACGAAUAUUACUUCCACUCUUUAAUUCCAAUGUUAUUUUGAUUUGUAUUUUUAUUUUAAUACAUAGCCGUCAUUCAUUUGAACGUUGGAAGCACAUUUUAAUUUCAGGCAGCUAUUCUAUUAAUCACAUUUGAAGAUCUUGAAUGAGAACAAUAAGAAAGAUAAUUUUAAAAACAAUCUGUUGGAGUUUAAUUUUUUAAGCCUGAUAAUGCGGAUAUGUUUCUUCAAGGUCAUUAGCAAUGGUAAUGCAUCUGUUUAUUGUACUUGUAAGUAAUAUGGCCUCUAUUCAUUAUGUCAAAUCUUGACCUCAUGAUUAAAUUGUUAUUAAAUAAUUUUCACAAUGAACUGCACAACAAUAGCAAUUAGUUUGUGCUUUGAGUUGCUAAGUGCUGUGCAGUUGUGAUUAUUAUGUUCUCUUUUUAUUUAUCAGAUUUUCUAUAAAAAUAGGUUGCACUGUGUUAUGCUGGCUCUACAAUCACUGAAAUUCAUAAUUUUGAAUUUUAGAGGAACUUAAUAGUGCACUGAGUACUUCAAUUAUGUCAGCAUUUGCACAAGGUGAAGGCAAAAUCCAGGAGUUAGUAACUUUGGAAAUAUACUAUGAAGUGAACACAUUUAUUAUUUUGCUUUGUAAAUAUUCAUUUUAAGCAGCACGUUUUUGGCAUACGAUAUUUUUUCUUUGAAUUUUUGUGUGGCACCAGUAGAUAUUGAUGAGCUUUAUUUGAAUCUUGUUUAAACAGAUAAAUAAUUGUUAACUGAGUAAACAUUGGUACAAAAUAAGAAUGCAUAAAUUCAUAAGCAAUCACUGUGCAGCUUGCUGAUAAUCAGAGAUUAUCUGUUCAACUUGUGGAAUCUAUAGCCUCUUAUAUUAUCCUCCUUAAAUGUCCUCUGAAUAUUUAUGCUUUUUUGUAAUUUUUUUACGUGUAUUAUGUUUGUUCCCUUCCAUGUCUUUACGAAAGAGGAAUUAAAAAUUAAGUUGUUCUCUUCUAAGGACAGUUAAGUAAUUGAGGUUACCAUUGAUACCAUGCAAAUUGGGUUUUGAUUGUCUCCCUACAGACAGAUAUAGGAGAACCAUUGUAUGUUUAUGCUGUACCACCUUGUAAAUUAAUUGACUAUUGGGGUGAUGGCAGGUAUCCCAAACAUGAAUCUGGAAAGUGUUGUUCAAAGUAACUGCACUUGUAUGCUUCAUGUAUUUUUUUUGUAUGAUGCAUCUAUUAAAAUCCAUCUUCUUGAUAUGCUGUUGUUUGGUACGGAAACAAGAAUAUACCUAAAAUACAAAUAAAUGACACAAACCUUGAGAAAGUCUAGAACAUAGAAACAUAGAGUAACUGUUGCAUUAUUUGUUAAAACUUAUAUGUAAUGUAUUAUUGCAGAUGUAUUAAUUGUAUGUCCUUCUGUAACUGGUUUCUUGUUACAUGAAAAUAAAAUAUAGUACAGC